AUGCGUCGGCCUCCUCCUGUGCGACUACACCAUCUCCCCCUGCCCACCACGUUUCCCCUCUCCCUCCCAUCAAUAUCCUCCCACCUAUCAAGCAUCACAGAUACCUUCCCAUCGUCCGCCCAGUCAUGCCCGUCUCCAAUGACGAUGCGCCUUCGCGACCCUUGUCCAAAGCCCGCGUCUUGGUCACCAUGGCCCAGUCCAAUGCUGAGAUUCACAUGGAGAUCCGUCGUGCGCAGGGCGACCGUCGCAAUGUUUUACUCACACAGGCAUCCAUGUUCAAGCAUUUCACCAGUGAAGAUGACGACUGCCGUCGGUUCGAGAAGACUCGGUUGA